UUUUCUGUCUUUCCCUGUCUGCCAUCGGGACAUGCAGGUGAAGUCACAGGACAGCCGUCAUCAGAGCCCUGGUGAAGGUGGGAGGAACUGCAGGAGAAAGCAUUCCCUGACCAUGAACGGAGCAGCGAGGAAGCCCCUCCUGGGCUUGUUUUUGAGACGGGAGGAUGCAGGAAAUGCUUGGUAUCUCUGAGCGCCACUCUGCCUUUCCCCCUUCUGCACAGAACAGCCGUUUCUGGUGUGCCUUUUGUCAGCAGUGACUGUGAGCCUGGCUUACACAGUUCACAUCUUUCAAAGGCCUUGGAUGAUUUGCUUCAUGUGGAUUUGGGUGCAGGGGACAGUCGUGGACCUUCUGCUCCUUCUGUCAAUGGGACUUUCAGGUUGCAUGUGGAAAAGUCAGCGAAGCAGAAAUCAGUUCUGAUGACCUUGUCCCUGAAGCCGCGAGGGAGGGAAUUCAGCAUUGAGCAGAAGGCGGGAAUUCUGAAGCAGCAAUCACUAUGAUUCCUUGGGCAUGGAGGCUACUUCCUAGAAAUGUCACCCAUUCCUUAUCUACAUCAUCAACCAGCCAGAGAGGCGAGGCUCACCAUCGGCAGCUGGAGGCCUAUGGGUACUUCUUGCCCAUCCAGACCAGGUGGCAGGACAAUGACCAGUAUGGCCAUGUGAACAAUGCUGUGUACUACAGCUACUUCGACACUAUCAUCAACCACUACCUGAUCAGGUACUGUGGCCUGAAAACCAGCUUGCUGACAUCCCCCCUGGUGGGGUUCAUGGUGACGAAUCAGUGCAAGUACCACAUACCCAUCAGCUUCCCUCAGAUCCCAGUGGCUGCCCUGGCUGUGGAGAAAGUGGGUCGCUCCAGUGUGUGCUACCGACUGGCUCUGUUUCCUCCUAAACCCACCAAGGAGCUGCCUUCAGUAGAUCACGGUGACCUCACUGAUGGUUUUUUCUUAGGCCAUCCUAAAUUAGCACAGUUUGACACUCUGGCAUGUACCACAGGGUCUUCCGUCCAUGUCUUUGUGAAUCCAGCCACUAGGAAACCAGAGAGCCUUCCAGAAGACUUCAGGAACAGUCUCCAGAAACUGAUGAUUCCAGCAUAGCAUGGACUGUCUAACACUGUACACGGAAUUCAUCACGUUAUAAAAUGAAGUUUAGGUUGU